AUGUGGAAGAAUGUUGGCCUGCGAGCGUUUGAGGUCUGGCUGAUAUCCAGACUUCUUUCGAGUCCGAGCUUCCAUAGAGUAGUCCGCAAGGUUCAUAGGAGAGUACAUGAAGUUCGGCGUGGCGAGAAAUUAUACGACCCCGAAGACUUCUCCGGCCUGCACAUAGACAAGCCAAAUGAUUUUAAGAUAAAGAAAUUCCUCAACCAUUACAGGGAAGAGCUGAAGGACCAGUUCCGAAGUUUGGUGAAGAAAUGA